AUGGAGAAGCGCAAAUAUAAUGGCAGUGGCGAUACCGGUCCACGCAAAGCGCCCAAGGCCAGCGGCGGCAUGUCGUUCGCGCAGAAAAUGAUGGCCAAGAUGGGCUACAAGGAAGGCUCGGGUUUAGGAAAAGAAGGAGAAGGUAUUGUGGCCCCGAUCGAGGUUAAGCUGAGACCACAGGGCGCUGGUGUGGGUGCUGUCAAGGAGAAGACGGAGCAAUACAAGCAGGAGCAAAAGCGAGCAGCCGAAAAGCGAGGAGAGACCUAUGAAGACAGCAGCGAAGAGGAGCGCAAAGCCCGGCGAGCACGCAAGAAAAAGACGCCUGGCGUGAGCGGUGGUGGUGCAAGGACUCCGGGAAGUGCUGGUGGAGUGCGCAAGCAGAAGAUCAAGUAUCAAACUGUGGCAGACGUACAGGCUGCCGCGCCCGGACUGGAUGUGCCCCCACAGAUGCUGAGCUCUAUCAUUGAUGCAACUGGCAGCCAGACAAAGCUGCUCACGAGUGCUGCCGGUCUCAUGACGCCUGCCGGGUUUCAGACUGCAGACACUGAAGCUGAGAAGCUUGCAAAGCGUGAGAGAUUGGAGCUGGAGGCCUUCAUCGAAGCAUGGCAUGGUGUGCAGGAGCAGAAGGUGUAUGUCGAAGAAAGGGCAGGCCAGUUGCAGAUUGAAUCCGAGCAACAGAAAGACGAGCUGGAAAGAUUGCAGACUGUCGUUGAAGCUGUGGCAAAACUACAAGUGACCACGCGAUCCGGCCCACUCGACAGCGAGGAUCAUUUGGAAUGGGGUUUGCUGAUAGCGAAGCUCCGUGAGCUUCAAGAGAACCAUAGGCACGAUAUUGAGCGCUAUCAGCUAGGCGACGCUGCUGUGGGCGCACUGUAUCCAGUGUUCAAAAAACGAAUGGCAAAUUGGGAUCCGCUCAAAGAGCCUGAGCUUUUGGUCUCUGAUCUGCUACAAAUCGAGCCACUGCUCGGCCUAGAGACCAAAGAUGAGGUGAUCACUGCGCGGCACCUGACUGAAUUGGACCAGGACUAUGGAAGAUCGCACAGACAAAAGGCCACCUCAGCUUACGAGACGAUGAUAUACACGAUAUGGCUACCUAAGGUACGGACUACGAUAACGAAUUGGAAUGUGCUUGAACACAUACCUUUAGUGAAACUUGUCGAAGCAUGGCGGCCUCUGCUGCCUCCGUUCGUUUACAGCAAUCUAAUGGAUCAGUUGAUCGUCACGAAGCUGAUCUCGGCGCUGAAGACAUGGGAUCCAAGAAAGCGGGAACAUCACCACAGAAAGAUAGUAGUUAAGCAUGCCCAGCCACAUACAUGGCUCUACCCUUGGCUUCCUCACCUGCCGCCCUAUCAACUCGACGCGAAAGUGCCUGGCAGUCUACUUUCAGGUAUCAAGGACCGCCUGCGGAAGGUACUCGAUGACUGGAAAGUCACAAGUGGCGAACUUCCUGGCCUCUUGCAAUUGCGCGAUGUACUUCAUUCCGAGGUUGAUCAUGCUCUGGUCAGACAUAUCCUGCCAAAACUGGCGCGCCAUUUGUCGCUAGAAUUGGAGAUAGACCCAUCUGAUCAGGACCUUACUCCUCUGGAGAACGUACUGAAGUGGCAGUCAUAUUUUAAGCCUGAUAUUCUUGCUCGCCUACUGGUGGCAGAAUUCUUCCCCAAAUGGCUUGCGACUCUCCAUCUUUGGCUAACCUCAGGGGAGGCGAAUUUCGAUGAGGUUGGCGAAUGGCUAGAAUGGUGGAAACAGCAAUUGCCAAAAGAGCUCGAUCAUCACCCGGAAGUAGUGAAGGAAUGGCAGAAGGGACACGAGAUGAUCCACAAAGCCCUCGACUUGUUCGAAGAGGGUGGAGCAGUGACUGAGCUGGCCGCACCCGCUGCUGGACCCGUAAGACCUAUCGCGAAAGAGGUCGGCAAGAAGGUUGAUAGCCAGAGUGCUGCUUCGCAACGACCACGUGAGGACUUUACGCAGGACUUCAAGGAUGUGGUCGAAGAAUGGUGUGCGGAGGAAGACCUGACGAUGGUGCCCAUGAGAGAAGCACAUCUUCAGAGUGGAGCGCCGCUCUUCCGCAUUACGGCUAGUGCCACUGGCAAAGGUGGUGUUGUGGUGUACCUCAAAGGUGACAUUAUCUGGGCGCAGAAGAAGGGCGAUAGAAACGUUUACGAACCCAUGGCAAUGGACGAGAAGUUGGUCAAAAGGGCAGAAGGUCAAUGACACCACUGAGUCAAGUUGUCAUCGAGUCGCGUCGGAUUGAGAAAGGCGGACGAAUCGCCUAGUUGCGCCAUGUCAAUGAUCAUGGCGAUGCAAGAACAGCUGGGCAGCUAAUGACAAGGUGAGCUUCGAUGCCAUAUCACAACGGAGCAGAUACUCGUCUUGGUUUUUAGCUAAUUUGAGUAUCAUGUACGUUGAGCAGCUGUGACUCCGCGGUAGAUGGCGACGCGAAGCCAGCCUCUUUGUACUCCCACAAGCGACCGCUGUACAGCAUAGCCUCAGCUGUGCGCACACCAGAUGCCGAUGUAUCAUGCAUGCAGAACCACCUCGCGUAUGAAUACAUACCAGGUAGGCAUAGAUAGCCAGCUCAAGAGACUU